AUCGAGCCUUUGGAUAGAGUGUAUGCGGUUAAUGGGCAAACCGAGACUGAUUUAGUCCGUGAUCAGCUCGCCAACAGCCUUCAUAUCGAAAUCACUUUGCUCCGAGGAUCUACUGGUCGUACCGAUGCGCCCUCCAUUGGAACAAGCUCUUCAAGCUCAACCUCCUCCAAUACGGGUGCUACGUCAACUUCUACCGCUGAAAAAAAGUUGCCUAGUGGUUGUGCUGGGAUAAAGGGCGCUGAAACUACGUCGAAUGACCGAGCUGGAAGUGGAGUUGCUGAGAAGCUAGAUGCGGUUGUGGACAAGACUCUUGUCGGUCUUGGCGGUCUAGUCGAAUCUAGUACCAAAUUUCUGUCGGACACGUUCGCUAUGUUACGGCGUCUAUUUGUUUUAUUUUAGAAAUGUUAUUUUGGACUUGAUGUUCGUUGUUCUUGAGGAUGUUAACCUUAGACUUAGUGUUGUCUAAUUCCAACACCAGAGCGACGGGCGAGUGCAGCACAGCUUUCUUCUUUCUCUCCACGUCUAGCUGAGCAGCAAGCAGCGAGUGGGAAACAAGCGGCUCUUGCCUCUGUGCCGCGAGAUAUAUCAACUACAGCUCCUGCGACAAAAAUUGCUGCAGAUGGCAGCUCUGAGAAAAUAACAAAACUGAAUGCUGAAGCGUCGAAAGCUGAACAAGAGAACACACAGCAAGAGAAUGCUCUUUCUCGUCCCGAGGAGAUGAAAGAACAGCAGCAGAAACAGCAAGAAAAGCAACAAGGAGGUGAAGACACGCCUUCCGCUUUGGAUCUACUUCAGCGAGGGGUUCUUGAAGAGGAUUUGCUCCAGCCGGAUGCUGAUUCUCCAAUGGAACUCGAGUCGGCGUCCAUGAUCUGCAAGGAAGAGGACGAAGCGGCGAGCAUUGUACUUAUGGAAGUUACAAGAGAAUAGACGUACCGUGAUGAAGACCAUGGUGAAGAUUGACGCAUGAUCAUGUAGUAAAGAAUCUGGUAUGUCGGAGUCAACAAUUAUACCUAACACUACUUAGCUACUUGUAUGAAAAUAGAAGCGAGGAAAGGUAGAACUCUUCUUUAGGGUGCUGCACGACUUACUCCAUGAUCAUGUUUUCGUUUCCCAUUUCCUCAGAAAAAAAUUCUCUAAAGUUGUACACGGCGUGGGCAGAGAGUCAACGGAUACCAUGGCCACCCGUAGCCCGAACCGCAGCAGUGAGCGCAUCAGUGGCUUAGCCCCUCUGCCUCCAGUGUCACUGCAAGAGGAUGGACGUACUGGCUGAUAUUUCAACGACAGGGGCUACUUCUUGGAGUCAGUUUCAGUGUAUUAAAAAUAUCUAUUAAAAAUUCAAGAACAAGAUGUACCUGUACCAUACUACAACCUGUAAUCAAACUAGAUUAGGUUGCACUGCAUGGAUGUGCUCGAUAUCUCGUUCUGGUCUGUCAUCAUCCGAAGAGAACAUCCAAAUCGAUAAAUAAAUCUCUGUACUCACAUAUCUUCUAGGCGCCUCGCCUUUCGUAGCAGUGUCUCCAGUAAGCAGCUCCCGCGAGCCGUAUGCUUCUAGUGUGGCGCGUCUGAAUGCAAAUGGCACAGUGUUGGAGGAAAUCUCUCUAGCAGGAGUCUCCGAGAAUACGGCCUCUGCCUCCUCCUCGUCGCGGGGUGGCUAUUUGUUAUGGAAAUAUUUUUACUUUUCGUAGAAACAGCCUUGUCCGUUUCUUUCAGAUUCUUGUACUAUUAAAUUGGUCGUGCUAAGAGUGAUCGCUUGUUGAGUAAUCUCUUCUCGGGCGGACAGAACAAUGGUUGAGUGAAAAAUGCCUCCAAAUAUUUCUAACUUCUCCAGAAGAUCUAGAAUUUCCAGUAUUGAACGACUUUACGUUUUCAGACACGGACGAACAGGGAAACUUUCUGCCGCCAAGUCGUAUUGCUAGGAAAGGCGCUAUGGCUGGUGGAUGAUACUCACAGAAGAUAGUAGAAGGGUCUGACAGUCACAGAAGGGUCUGGCUGGAAGAUACCCACAGAAAUACUUACUAUCAUUAUCAUUAUGUGGCUCUGGUUGUCAUGGUUUGAUGGUAGACAUGGUCUGCGGAGCAUCCUCUAUUUUCAACUAGAUGCUCUAAUAAGGACCAAAGGCAAAGCCCCUCUGGCGACAGCAGCUGCAAGCACAAAGUGGAGGGCGAGGCCGUGCCGUCAGAUGUGUCUGUAGUUAAGGCAUUUGAUGAUUGUGCCUUCAGGUUUAGCUUGCUUCUCUAAUGAUAAUCAUAAUGUACUUACUUCUUUGGACCGAAGAUGAUAAAUUUGUCGCUUUCUCCGUACUAGUUCUAAACUUCUUGAAGCUGUUUCCGAAUCCGAACAAGAGAAAAAGAAAAUACUGAGGAUGGGUAUGCAGACUGGCGCUCCUGAGACACCGAGUCGCUCCGUCGGGAGCACGCUGAAACUAGUUCCGAGCAAUGGGGAUGUCCAGGCCCCUGCCCCAACAAAGAGUCCUGACAUACCAACGACCGCCUCCGGAGGCCUGAGAUCUUCUGCUCCUGCGACGUAUGAUGUGAAAUUCAAACGCAAGAAGGGAAAAACAUCGUUUCAGAACUUUAGAAAGACGCUACAACAGGAGUUCGCGGAGGAGCCCAUCAGAGGGAAACAACCAACACUAAGGCUGUAUAAUAGCAGUUGUUGCCUCUAGUAUCGGCAAAUGGAAAGAAGAAGAACAUUGGCACGCCUUUUUCUCCCAUACCCCUUUGCCUUUGGGUACCUCGAAAAAAUUUUUCAACGCUGUCGCUGUCCCAAAUAAGUAAAGUAAUACCGACCCAUUUAAGAAGUACUUCGAAAAAUAUUUUUCAACGCUGUCGCUGUCCCAAAUAAGUAAAGUAAUACCGACCUUCCUCUAAAGUAAAAAAGCAGGAGCAGUGUGGACCACCUCCUGAAAAACAGCAGCAACCUUGCCAAUGAGAAUCAUGACGUAAAGCCGCUCCAGCAGCCUGAAGUUGAAAUUUUAAGACAUCCUCCAGACCCCUUCGAAGAAAAAAGGAUGAUGGCGGAGCGAUUCUCGCGUUUCUCAUCGACGACGUCUGGCACUCCAACUUCCCGACCAUCGUUCGACUCCUCCGCAACGUCUUCCUCCAGUAAUAUGGGAGCAUCGAGCAGCAGACAUGUCCUUCAAAAUGACGAGCCUCGAGAUUUACCGAGAUUCCUACACGCGAUGAAUCGCAUUGACGAAAUUUUAUCGAACGAGACCACGACAAUCCCCGACCCGACACCUUCUGCGUCCAAUCCUUUUGAUACUAGCCCCAACGUCUAUCACCCGAAACGAGUCUCAACUGGCACAACUGCGGAACACACAAAUACAUCUUUGUCCUCGAGUACGAAUGCUGGUGUUACUACAAGUAUGGAUCAUACGGGUGUCGGUGGGGGAGGUGCCAAUACUUCUACAUUGCAGAGAGGAUCACUCUCGAGCCCUGCGGACGACCUCGCACGUCAAAAAUUUGAGAGUGAACUUGAUGUCGCAGGUCACAAGAACCAGGAGGCAAAAGAUUAUGGCAAAAAAUUCAAUUGAUUAAACUUGCGGUGCAAAGACUGGACAAGACUUCAAUCUCCGUCAUUGACUUGCUCAUCUCGUUGUCAGUUCAGGUGCUUGUCCUUCCAUAAGAACUUGCUGGUCGUAACUUUUCUUCGUCUUCCUAUCAAUCAUCUAAGAGCUGCUUGAUCACGAUGCUGAAGGGAAACAAGCGUCAAACUCGUCAUCAGAGGACCUCACGGCAGCCAGUGCAGAUUCAUCCACUCCAGAACCAGGGAGCAGGUACAAGAACUUACAGAAAGGGGCAGGUGGGGCAUCUUCACUCUCUCUACUUAUUACUUUUACUGUGUGAUUUUUGAUUAUCUAAGCAAGGUAGUAAGUUCACAAGGUUAAUAUUACUUUUACUAAAUGAUUAGUUCUUUGAAAAAGUUGAUAUUUCUUUCAUCUACUUAUACAUAGCUUGUUGUACCUAAGAAGUUCUAUGUCUGACUGCUAUAUCGUCCAGGCUUUCCCUCGUUUCUGGAGGUCGGAAAAAGGCGCGACGCCCUCAAGACGACUCGGACGAUGAGGAAGAUGGGUUCGGAACUAGGGACUACGGCGCAGCCAGCUUCGUGGAUAAUUUUUAAGGUUAGAUGGAUUUACAUGAUUUAGAUCAUAGAAGUGGUCAGUUGUCUAGGUUUUUUUGAGACGAAAUUUCUUCAAGGUGAGCAAAUCAGACAAGAAGGGAUUUGAAAGGGAAAGUAGAAAGUAGACCGUAGUAGAACAACGAGCAGCAACUUCAUAAGCCAGUGCCAGCCUAUGGCGAAAAAAAAAACUACCGCUAAAAGUGCGGUAAACGAGAUGGUAACCCAUUUGCAUAAGCGAAAUUCGCGCAAACAUUGUUUGGGAUUUUUCGCUUCAUGAAGAUUCUGGCUAGUGAAAACGAAAAGGUAAGGGCACUAACAAGUAACAGGUACAACAAGCUAAACAGUAAACAUAAACUUCAUUCAAACUUUGCCGACCAGGGAUUUUUGCAGUGUACGACUCAACUUCGUAGUGCUAUGACGGGAAACUUCGUUGAUGUUCACUUCGUAGAAAACACAGGGAGAGAAGCAUGUGCUGGUGGAUUAUUUAAAAUAAUUUACAUUUGUUCCCGUUCGUUAUUAUCAUAACCUCCUUCCUUUGUCAAUGAUAGUAAGCGUUUUUAAACAAGAGGAAAGAUGAUCAGAUUCGAGAGCAGUAUUUUAAGCACUACCUUCUUGAUGCUCACGUCGUUCUUCAUAUAAAGAUCAAGAUCAACAUGAGGAAGAUGCUCUGCUCCUCCAGCUCGAGCAACGUGAUGAUGAAUGAACACACCAGAUCUUGGUCAUCAUGCCAUUGUGAUUACACCACACAUGAUCUUCUCAAAAAAUUGUGAUUACACCACGACCAGAAGUGAUCAACAUCACCAAAACAAGC